UAAUCUGAAUAGUACAGUACUUAUCUGAUGCCAACUAAUAGUAUUAUCUUAUAUAAUGGGAUGAUGGCUACAGUUGCACCAUCCGAAAGGGAGUACCCAGGAGGCUGUGUUAAUCCUCGUUUGAGGCGAAUAUCAAUGCACCUUGAUAAACUGGAAUUGCCUGAUGACAACAGAAAAAAUCCAUUCUUUGAGAAAAUUUUACAAGGUUCGAAAGUAAGUGCAGAGGAAACAAAGGAAGAAGGGAAAAUAUUGUUCAAAGAUUUUAUUGUUAAAGAAUUCGAGGAGGAAGGCUUGGACACCCCAGAUGUAAUACGAACAGAACUAGAGAAUAUUUGCACUCCACAGGGGUUUCCCAAUCCAACCUGGGCAAAGGUUGGCCAAGACCUUCGUAGAUAUGCAGACGAAUUCCAGAGAAGUAAAGAGAGAAAGAAGGUUCAAAAACGAGCAGCUGAGAUCACAGAAAAUAGAUCAGACGUGACACAGGAUCAGUUUAAAGAUUUACUGUCAAAUCUGUUGAGGAAUGGCAUAACAAGGGAGAGAAUCAUUGUACUUUUCUUCUUCUGCUCUGAUGUUGCCAUAGCAACUCUAAAACGGGGGUCAUCGUUGAGCGUGGAGCUAUGCCAACGGUUUAUUCAGUGGUCCUUUGAUUUUAUUACAGAGAAAAUUUGUUCUUGGGUACAGGCAAAUGGAGGAUGGGGUGCAGUGUUUAGUUCGACUAUGGUUAUAGUUGGGAGAGCAGCUCUGAUGGUCGGAGUGGGCAUGAUUUGUUACUAUGGAUACAAGAAAUUUAUCAAGAAUUGAUGCCCGGCCGUGUUAUGUAAAAUGUGAUUGCAACUGAAUGGAAAUUUACUUUCGAAAGCACAUUAUCAGGGAAUUGCAAUUGAAUGGAAAUUUGACUACUUUUAACAGCGCAUUGAAUCAAAACAGGAUUGACAUACAUGUACCGGUAACAUCCAUUUUAUGACAAUGUAUAAAUGGAAAUGCAAUAUCCAUUAUUUAAAAAUGUGCGACUGGGAUACGCAACAUUCAUUAAAUGAAACUAUGUGUAAGUGGCAACAUUUGGAAACAUGUACAACUGAUAUGUAUAUGCUAAAGGUAUAUAAGCGUGUUUGAACUUAUGCAGAUAUAAUCUGUGUUACACA